AUGUCCUCAAAGGCCAACAAACCGUCAGGCAGAAAGCUCAGCCAACUGACAGAAAAGGAAAACGAAUUCAUCAAGGCUAUGUUUGACAAUAGGACUCAGCGCCCUGACGCCGACUGGGACAAGGUUGCCGACGACCUGGGGCUGGCAAAUGCCAAAUGCGCCAAAGAGCGUUUCCGCCAGAUGAGCAAAAAGCACGGAUGGGGCAGUGGCUCCGAAGCCAGUCCCUCCAAAACCAGGGUCAGCAAACCGGUCUCGAAUCAGCCUAGGAAGGCCAGAGAACGCCCACGCAAGUCCAAGACUUCUUACACAGAUAUGUUUUCGGACUCGGCGGACUCCAAUGGAGAGCCCGAUAAUAUCAAGACCACUGAAUCCGAUGACGAGGAUGCCGAGGCAGAACUCGAUCUCGUAAAGAAUAAAACUGGGGUGAACCAAACGACACCUACUAGAAAGUCCAAUGUCGCUCCUGCAGAGUCCAGCGAGCCACUCAUUUUCCCGGUCCCUGACAAUAUCGAGGCCUUUGCCCCGUAUGAGGAAUCCGAGUUGGACGAAGACGAUAUUGCCCGGUGGGCCGAUGAGUUCUGA